UUUUUUUCAUUUUCUAACACAUUGAAUAAUAGUAAUGUGUAAGUAAGUUAUCUACUUCUCAACAACUUUAAUACGUCUUUUGUAGUAGGAAUCAAAUAUCCUCGUUAGUUUUUCAAAGUUAGCCAUCAGCCAAAUCACCACUACAAACAUAUCGAUAUUAUUUUUUCAUCAUGUAUCCAUCUCCUUCAUCAGAUCAACCGUAUCCACCAAAAGCACCACCAUCAGCUCCACCAGCACAAUCAUACCACCAACCAUCUGUGCCACAACAUUCGUACCACCAACCCCCUGUGCCACCGCAGUAUGCCACAGGUGUUCCAGCUCAAUAUGUGGCUCCUCCUCCUUAUCAUCCGGUCAAUGUUAAAUGGUCUAGCAGCCUCUGUGCCUGUUGUUCGGAUGUCCCCAACUGUUGUUUAACAUGUUGGUGUCCAUGCAUCACUUUUGGACAGAUAGCUGAGAUUGUGGAUAAAGGAAAUACUUCUUGUGGAGUACAUGGGGCGUUAUAUGGUCUAAUUGAGGCAGCCACAUGUUGUGGAUGCAUGUAUUCAUGUGUGUACCGAACUAAGAUGAGGAGCCAAUAUGGACUGCGGGAAUCUCCGUGUAACGAUUGCCUUGUUCAUUUUUGCUGUGAACGAUGUGCCUUGUGUCAAGAGUAUCGUGAGCUCAAACAUCGUGGAUUCGACAUAUCAAUAGGAUGGCAAGGUAAUAUGGAGAGACAAAACUAUGGAGUACAAGUGCCACCUAUGACUCCAGGAGGAAUGUACCGUUGAAUUCAACCAUACGCCACGUAUAGUACUACCUUUUAAUUAUGGGUUUAAGUUUUGUGAUGGGUUCAUGUAUCAUUUUGAUUGUAGAAACUAAAUAAAGCACUUAAUUCUCGUGACAAAUAUCAUUGAAAUAUCUGUAAUUAUAUAUAUUUCUUUUAAUAAAAAGACUAAAAAGCAUUAUUGAUCUGUA